AUGGCCUCGAAGUCGUUGUUCAAACUGUCUUCCAUUGCCUUCGGACUCUUGGCCUGCCUCCGGAACGCUCAUGGAGCCGCUCUAGAGUCUCGGGGCCCUCAUGACGACUUCGAACAGGCUUCUUGGCCUUCUCAGCGUUGUAAACUCACAGGGCCCAUCUAUCCUGAGAAUGAUGAACUUCCCUCCGCGGAAGACCUCUUCGGCGGCCCAUCGGCAUUCGCUAAGCAGCUCGAUCGUCACAGAGAAAUAGUCAAGGUGGAUUCCAUCUGUUACGAUGACCUCGGACCAAUUGGCGAUGAUAAGCGCUGGGAGAGCUUUGACAAGCUCCAAGAGGUCCUCGAACGCUUAUAUCCGCUCAUGCACGACGAAGACAAAGUCCAGUUUGAAGUGGUCAACACCUAUGGCCUGGUCUAUACCUUCCACGGCCAGAAUGAGGACCUAGCACCCGUUCUGCUGACAGCUCAUCAAGAUGUCGUCCCCGUCGGCGACGAAGCGGACUGGACCUAUCCACCAUUUUCCGCCGAGUAUGACGAGGAAACAGACUGGAUGUGGGGUCGAGGCGUUGCAGAUGACAAGAACCGCCUCACAGCGCUUAUGUCUGUCUUCGAAGAGCUCUUGGCAGUCGACUGGCAACCGCAGCGUGGCUUCGUCCUUGCCUUGGGCUUUGAUGAGGAGUGCUCUGGUCUCCGCGGCGCAUGGAACAUUAACGAUGCGCUUAUUGAUAAAUACGGCCAAGACGCAUUUGGAGCCAUUAUUGACGAAGGCGGCCUCGGCAUAAUCGAUUUGGAUUUCGGCCGUGAUCCGCCGGUACGUUAUGCACUCCCCGCCGUGACGGAAAAAGGUUUCGUCAAUAUCUGGCUCGACCUCCAGGUAAAGGGUGGCCACAGCAGCAUUCCCACACCGCACACGGACAUCGGCAUCAUGUCGGAGAUAGUCGUGGCCCUGGAAGAAAAUCCAUUCUCCCCCAAAGUAGAGUGGAACAGUCCCGUCCACAAGAGCUUGCAGUGCCUCGCACGUUACUCGCCCAACGCGUUCCCAUCCAUCACACACCUGGUUGACCACGGAAAUUUGUAUAAGCUCGCCGAGGUAGUUUCGUCCUUGGAUCUCGCUGCGGCGGCUCUGGUUCAGACCACGCAGGCGGUGAACAUCAUUUACGGCGGCGACAAGAUCAACUCGCUCCCGGAGCUGACCACCGUUGGCAUCAACUACCGUGUUGCGCCCCAGGACAGCGUGUUGGCGAUCCAACACAAUAUCGUCAAGUAUGCGAGCAGCGUCAUCGAAAAGUUCGGGCUGGAUCUCAACGCCUAUGAGGGCGAUGAUGAGUACCAUCACUAUGCUGCUUCGCUUGGCGGGGGCCACCACCACAGGAAGCCGCGCCGUGGCAUCGACUAUGAGGGCACCUUGACCAUCAGAGCGGAAAAGAAAUUCAAUGGUGCCCCUGUGUCACCCACUGACGACGAGGCAUGGCGCAUUUUCGCAGGCACCAUUGAAGCCACCUUCAAAGAGCCUGGCCUUACCGUCGUCCCAACGGGAGUGAUCAUGACAGGCAAUACAGAUAGCAAGCAUUACUUAGAGCUGUCAAGGAAUGUUUACCGCUGGAACCCGCACCCCGCGUUCGAUAUCGAGAAUAUCCACGCUGUGGAUGAGCGCCUCAAGAUGAGUGCCCAUAUCGGUAUCGCCAAAUUCUACUACAACCUCAUUCGUAACUUUGACGAGGCCGAAGAUUUACUCAAACCGUCUCACAAACAGAAACAGCAACAGCAACAGCAAGAGCUCUAA